AUACCCAAUACCCACAACUCUUAAGAAGGAAAGGUUUAUUUUGGCUCACAGUUUGUGAGGUUUCAGACCAUAGUUUUCAUUGGCUCCUGGCAGGGCAGGAUGUCAGAGAAGAACAGCUCAUAGCAUGAGAGCGGGAACCAGGAUCAAGGGAAGAGGGAAGUAGAUGUGCUUUCCCAGUCCAGGCCCCCAGUGAAUCACCUGCUUUAACCAACAUCUUCACUUCCCAACAUCACAUCACAUUUUAGCUAUAAACUCGUCACUGAACGAAUCUAUACUGAUACUGAUGAGUCUCACAACCUUGUGACCCAGUCAUCUCCCUAAAGCCCCACUUAUGAGUGCACAAGGCUUUGGGGAGACAUCUAGACAUAAACCAUAACAUUCUGCCACUGAUCCCCAAAAGACUCCCAUGCACUCCUUUAUACCUACGCUUGCUGUCCUUGACUCCCAGAUCACCUCAUGUAUUUAUCUCUGACUUGUUCAUAAUAACACCUAUUUUUCUUGCAGCUAUUUUAUUUAUGUUGGAGGGUAAAACAUUUUUCUCAUCUACAUCUAUGUAUCCUGUCCAUUCUCCUUUCUUGCUUCUUAGUUUUUCACUGCCCUCAGAGUUUUGUUUUGGUUUUUGUUUCCUGUUUGUUUGUUUGUUUUUGCAUAAUCCCGUCUUGAGGACUUUUUAGUUUCAGGAGUUAGUGACAGUCAAGGAUGUGUCUGUGGAUUUCACUUGGAAGGAGUGGAUGCAGCUAGAUCCCGCUCAGAGAAACUUGUGUGGCAAGGUGAUGCUGGAGAACUACAGGAACCUAAUCUCACUAGGGCAUCAACUUUCUAAACCAAACGUGAUGUCCCAGCUGGAGCAAGAACUAGGCCUGAGGAACAAAGACCUCCAAGGGUAUGUCUUUCCAGACUGGGAGACAAGACUUGAAGACAGAGAGUUAUCUCCAAAGCUCAAUAUUACUGAAGAUUUAGUCCAUGGAUCCAUAAUGGAAAGGAAAGGUCUCAGGCAUUCAACCUUAGGGGAAACCUGGGAACCUGAUAAUUGGCUAGAGGAGCAACAGGGAAGACAUCUCGGCCAGGUUACCCCUAAGGAAACCCUCACUGAGAGGGGGGUAUGUAGAGGUAAUGACCUUGAAAGAUGUUCCAAUCAAGAUUCAGUCCUUAAUACACAGCAAGGCAUUCCUAAAUCAAAAUACCCCCACAGUUGGAAUUCACAUAGAAAAGAUGCCAAACAAAACACUGAGUUAAUGAAAACUCAAAGAAUGUUUGUAGGAAAGAAAAUCUAUGAAUGUGAUGAAUGUGGGAAAACUUUCAGCCAGAGCUCAUCCCUUCUUAAACACCAGAGGAUUCAUACUGGGGAGAAACCCUAUAAGUGCAGUGUCUGUGGUAAGCACUUCAUUGAACGCUCUUCUCUUACUGUACAUCAAAGAAUUCAUACUGGAGAGAAACCCUACAAAUGCAAUGAAUGUGGGAAAGCCUUCAGUCAGAGCAUGAACCUUACUGUUCAUCAAAGAACUCACACUGGGGAGAAACCAUAUCAGUGCAAAGAGUGUGGGAAAGCCUUCCGUAAGAAUUCAUCCCUUAUUCAACAUGAAAGGAUUCAUACUGGAGAGAAGCCCUACAAGUGUAAUGAAUGUGGGAAAGCUUUUACACAAAGCAUGAAUCUUACUGUGCAUCAGAGAACUCAUACAGGAGAAAAACCCUAUGAAUGUAAUGAAUGUGGAAAAGCUUUCAGUCAAAGCAUGCAUCUUAUUGUGCAUCAGAGAAGUCAUACUGGAGAAAAACCCUAUGAAUGUAGUGAAUGUGGAAAAGCCUUUAGCAAGAGUUCAACCCUUACCCUACAUCAGCGAAAUCACACUGGAGAAAAACCCUAUAAAUGUAAUAAAUGUGGGAAAUCCUUUAGCCAGAGUACGUACCUUAUAGAACAUCAAAGACUUCACUCUGGAGUAAAACCUUUUGAAUGUAAUCAGUGUGGAAAAGCUUUCAGUAAGAACUCAUCUCUUACUCAACAUCGGAGAAUUCACACUGGAGAGAAACCUUAUGAGUGUAUGAUAUGUGGAAAACAUUUCACUGGACGAUCAUCCCUGACUGUACAUCAGGUUAUUCACACUGGAGAGAAGCCUUAUGAAUGCUCUGAAUGUGGAAAGGCAUUCAGCCAGAGUGCGUACCUUAUUGAGCAUCAAAGAAUUCAUACUGGUGAAAAACCCUAUGAAUGUGAUCAGUGUGGAAAAGCUUUCAUUAAGAAUUCAUCCCUUAUAGUGCAUCAGAGAACUCAUACAGGAAGAAACCCUAUCAGUGUAAUGAGUGUGGAAAAGCCUUCAGUCGGAGUACAAACCUUACAAGACAUCAAAGAACUCAUACAUGAGGAAAGCAUUCAUGGGCCCCUUCGUCGUGAUUAAGUCUUAAGUAAUUAUAUAAAUCAUGUUGCUGUAGAUGCCUAAUAAACGUAACAAUUGUGGGAAUCUUUUAGUUGAAGUACUACAUACCACAUCAGAUAAUACAGACCAUGGCAGAGAAACCUUAAGAGAUUAGAGAAAUUUUGAUUUAGAAGGUAAAAUUACUUUAUGUCAGGUUUGAGUAACUAUGAAGAUACGUUCUAUUUGUUCUCUUCUGGACAUCAGGGACUUCAUACUGAAAAGAAAGUGUCACAGUGUGUGGCUGGGCAGCACAAAGACUUGGUAUGUAGUCCUGGAUGCCACUAAUUUGGAAAAGUCACCCACUUUUACUGGGUCACAGUUUUCUUAUCUGCUAAUUGAGAGAUCUUGGAUUCUGAAAGCCUGAAGGACCCCUGUUUGCCAAAAUUGUACAAACAAUGAUGGUGAGAAAUUUCUGGUCUUUUACUAUCAUAUAUGUUUUCUAGGUGCUUCUACUUCACAGCUUGUUUUCCUUGGAUGUUAUAAGUCAAAAUUCUUUACCUCUACCAAUGCUUAUUUUCUACCAUGUCCUUUCCUCUCUCCCUGCCUUACUUUUUACCUUAAAAUAUAGGGUGGCUUCUACCAGGUAAUAGGAUAAUUGUACAAAUCAUAAUGCAUUAGCAUGCUGUUUUGAGUUCUCAUCAUUAAUAAAUUGUUAAAUUAGCCGGUUAUUUAGAAAACUAUAGUCUAUAUGUACAGCAUAGACUCAAAUACAUAUCUUUGUGUUGUAUUUGACUCUCCAAGUAGAAAAGAGAAGAGCAAGAGGACAUCUAGUAUAUUAACAAAACCUUUGCAACUCAAAACUACAUUCAAAACCAUCAGGGAUAUUUUAUACAUCUAUCAGGGUGAUAGUAGUUUAGCUUCAUUUAUUCUACCCAUAUUUAACAGUACUAAAGACAUGACUAGAAAAUCAGAAUGAUUAAGAUAUAUUCUUUAUGUUCUAAGGCAGUGGUGGUGAAAUUGUGGCUCAUGUGUCGCAUCUGGCUGCUUGUUAGCAUUGAAAGCUCCAAAAGCUUCACUGUCAACUGGUGUAAGGGCUAAACUAAGAAAGCGAUCUUGUGUUGUGAAAGGAAAGGAGAACUGAAGCAGUGAUGAGCCAGAGACUAGAAAAAAUGGUAACUGGUUAAAUGUAGAUAUUUGAAUUACGAGGAAGAGUUUAGAAUGACUUGAGUUUCUUAUUUGAGUGGACUGGCAUGCCAUAACUAAGAAUAUAAAAAACUAGCCAAUUUUGGGGGCAUUGAUACAUUCAUUGUAGGGGCAUUUUGAUGAAUACGGGCAGAGUGAAGAGUCCUAGUAGGCAACAGAACACACAGAAUAAGCAGAAGGCAGUACUGGGAGUAUUGUCAUUGUCAGAGUAAGUGGCUCAAAGAGCAGUCAGUAGAAGCUGAAAGGAAUGAACUUCCAAAAGAAAAAUAGAAAAUCAGGAAGUGAUGGUGCCACAGAAGUAAAAGAAUUAUUAGCGUAGGAUAGGGAUCUUAUCCAGUGCUACAAGAAGGUAAAGAUAAACAUAGAAUAUGUCCUUUGCUUAUAAUUAUCAAUUUAAAAUAGAUGCUUAAAACCUCUGUAAAUUUUACUGGGUUGAAGAGUGAGUUAAAUGUUGUAGGGGACUUAGUAGCUUUAUUGAGACAGAAGAGACUUAGAUAAUCAGAGGGAGAUGGGGCUGAAAGAAGAUUUAUCUGUCAGUGGAGCCUUUGGCUGCAGAUCAUCAAAAGCCCAUUUAGCAAAGUCUUAAGCAAGUAGGAAUUAAUUUUUCUCAAAUAACAAAUCUGGAGGCUGCUGGCAUUGGUUCACAGAAGUAAUUGGAUACCUUGAGUUUCAUGUUGUUUCUAUUUUGGUUGUAUGAUGGUGGCCAAGCUUCAGGUAGAAUGUCCACAUUUGUGGUAAGAAGAUGGGAUGGAUAAGGCCAGCAACAUCAGCGUAUUUUAUUAGAAAUGUUUCCCCAUAACCCCCUCAGCAUACUCCUUGCAUUUCAUUGACCACAGCUAUACAUGCCUGCCCCCUAGAAUCAAGGGAGGCUGAGAAAAGAAGUAUUUAGUUCUUCUCUUUUCUCUAGUGGAGGUAGACAAAGAAAUGGCUUUCAGAAUGGUUUUGAUUUGGCGAAGCAGUAGUCUGGCGGGGAGUGUUUGUAUAAUGAAAGGUAGGAUUAAGUGUGUAUAUAACUGCAAAACAGAAGCAUGAGAGAGUCAGGGAGCACAGGAAGGAGAGAAUCUACAGCUCAGAGUGAGAAAGAUUUGAAGCGCAGCCUGAGGCUGCAGAAAUCCUUUUAACAGGAUGGAAACUCCAAUAGGAGGCAGAGAAAUUAAGAAAUCAUGGGUCCAGAAGAUGUGGGUGGCAGUGGAAAAUGUGCCUAUGAACUGUCAUUGUUUGGUCCUUUAACAGGUCUAGUCUUUGGGUUAUGUAAUUCCUUAGUAGUAUUAUUUUACCAACUUUGAUUCAUUGUAUCCACUCUCAAUUUCAGUACCCUUCAUUUCACCCUUCUGUGCCUUCCUCUUAAGCUUUUAUUUUGCUGCUAUCUUUAUGAUUUUCAUCUAUUUUCUACCCAUCUAUUCUCUCUGCCUUCUUUCUUCUUUCCCUCCAUUUUUAUCUUGAGAUCAGGUGGGAAACUAGAAAAGGAGAUGGGGCACAAGGAGAUAUAUUAUUAAAAGUCUGUUUUUAGUACA